GCCCGCGGAGUCCCAAGCGUAGAAAAACAAAAAAGCCCGGAUAACAGCAAAACGAACAUUUUACACCUAAACUACGCGCCGAGGACCCGUUUCCCCCGCGUCGAGCCCCGCGUCGAACCCCCCGCGCCGGUCGCCAAUUCCCGGACGUUUUUCCCGCCGCUCUCCGGGGCCUCUCGGCCGAGGUUGUUUAUCUGUAGUAAGGGGGGGGCUUGAAACCGCCCUCAACUUGCCCCAUUUCCUCGGUUGUUUUCCUCCGCUCGGCUGGAUUCUCCAUGUUGUUGCUGCGAAAGUGAGGACUUCGCUGCGACGGGAGCGGGGGGGGCAGCUCGGCGACGGCCACCAGAAAAAAAGAUCGGCGGUAAACCCGGGAGCACGGAGCGGACCGAGAUUCGAAUAACCUCCCAGAACGCGUAUUACCAAGUGCCUUGCCCCCUCCCUAGGCGGCCGACCCUCCGAGACACGGAGAAGGAGACGCGGCGGCGGGAUAGAGACGCCCGGGAACAACGACACGGAUCUGCUCCCGUCGAGGCUUCGUACCCGGGGCGGACGACACGUUACCCCGGUGCACCGUCGAGUCGACUCGUCCGUAGAAGCCAAUGAGGGAUGCCCGUCAGUGCUCGGGGACAGGAUUUGAGGAUUUUGCGGGCUCCGUGAUUGUCAGAUGGAAAGUUCUGUUAUCACCCAAGUGCAGAAAGAAGACGUUCAAGUGUCACCGAAAACAGGCCAGGUGAACCGGUCUGCCCUAAAACAGCCGCGGAGUUGUAACAUCUUCAAAGCGCUCUUCUGUUGCUUCCAAGCUCAGGAUGGCCCCAAACCGCCGUCGCCGCUACCACCACCUUCCCAGCAGGCCUUGCUGGAUUCACAGGAAAAUGGCACGGUUGUCAAGCUAUCCGAACCCAGCCUCCUGCCUGAGGUGAACGCCCAGGACCAGGGGAAGAUAUGCGUGGUCAUAGACCUGGAUGAGACGCUGGUGCACAGCUCGUUCAAGCCCAUUAGUAAUGCAGACUUCAUCGUGCCUGUGGAGAUAGAGGGGACCACACACCAGGUGUAUGUUCUGAAGAGGCCAUAUGUGGAUGAAUUCCUGCAGAGAAUGGGAGAGUUGUUUGAAUGUGUGCUGUUUACGGCCAGUCUCGCUAAGUAUGCAGACCCAGUGACGGACCUGCUGGAUCAGUGCGGUGUUUUCCGGACUCGGUUAUUCCGGGAAUCUUGUGUAUUCCACCAGGGCUGCUAUGUCAAAGACUUGAGCCGCCUGGGCAGAGACCUCCACAAAACCCUCAUCCUGGAUAACUCCCCUGCCUCCUACAUCUUCCACCCUAACAAUGCUGUUCCCGUGGUGUCGUGGUUUGACGACUUGGAAGACGCCGAGCUGCUCAACCUUCUGCCUGUGUUUGAAGAACUUAGUCAAGCUGAUAACGUUUACACUCGGCUGGACCAGCUUCGUGGACAUUAAGCUCAGCUCCUAUCGGAGCACCAGCUUGAAAAGACCUCUUCUGCUACAAUAGAAUCCGUAUAUCGAGAACAGAUACUAUCCAGAUGUUAUUCUCCCUCUGCCUCUGCACAAAACUUGUUCUUGCUUUUGAAAAGUGUAUUCGCGUGGGGUUCAGUAAAUUCCAAGCUCGGAAAACACAAUGUCUUUGACUCAAACAAAAUUAAACAUCGCAAUAUGAGGCCUUUCCUUUCCUCCGAACCUGUGCUCGCGAUAUUGACGAACACUAUUUGAAGUACCAUGACAAAGAGCGAGAACCAACAACCAAAGCAGUCCAAUCACAAUCACACCAGUUACUAUGAACAUUAACAGUGGUUCUUUUGCCAAAGCAGAAGCCUGCCUGCCCUGACUUGACUUUUGGACAUUGUGUUUUUUUUAUGACUGUGCCUUUUAAGGAACAACUGAAUAACAUCAGCUCUUUUUUUAAAUUUCCACCAGAUUUUCUACAUUUAUUGAUUUCUUUUUAUAGGUUGUUUAUAAGGAAAUCUAUUUUUAAAUGGUGAACACGGUUCUUCUAUGCAACCCAAUUCUGCAAUGACACGGACAGUACCUCUUGAUUAGCCAGUCAAUAAUUGCAUUCAGCAGAUGUAAACAUAAGUGUAGCCUUAUUUACCUGUAAAUGAGCAGCAAGAUUUAAAAACAAAUAAAACAAACAUAUUUUACUUGUUUGUACUAUUAACAUAAUUUCUACAAAACAUGCACAUAUAUAUCAUUAGCGAUCAGACAUGUAUGGUAUUAUUGGUUAUAAGUUAAGGAAACGAAAUGAAAUAUUGUCUUUGAUGGAUCCAUUGAAAGCAGACACACUGGAAUAUGUUGGCACAUAUAGGAUGACCAUACAGUAAAUGCCACAGUUUUCAGCCAAGGUUUAAUCAUAGUUCAUUUUGUUCUAUGUUCUUGUUUCUUGUUUUAUUACUAUAUGACAAACAACGUGCACUUGUUUUAUAUUGACAGUGCUGAAAGUAAAAAAGAAAAAACUGUGCCUUUGAAAUUCGGACAGAGGAUGGUGUUCUGCCUGAACAGAGAUUUGGAGGCCUACACACUCUGAUGUGUCAUGCUGAGCGUGAGAAAACACUGUCAAGAGCAGGUGUAACGCCAUGUGGCUGUGGUACUUGCAGUGCAACACUUGAAAAUAUCAAAUUUGAUUUUUUUUCGUUUUGUUCACAUGUAUGAGUGUUUUUGUUCUAUAUUUAUUGGCCAAAAACCUGUAUUGUCCAGUUCUUCUUAAUGCUUAACAUUUAGUAUUGUAAUCAAUAUGCCUACAUUGAGGCUGGCCUUGCGUUUGACUGUUUUAUCUGUGCCUCAAUAACAAACAUUUUUGCUGUCAAAGUUCAUGGGUAAUUCAAAAAAAAAAGCGCAGAAAUCAAAUCGAUGUAAAUGCAAGACAACUUUUUUUUUUUCCCCAUUUGAAAAUUCAUUACAAGAGAUAUUUUUGGGGGUUAUGUUUCCUGGGUAAUAUGUUUUUUUUUGUUUUGUAUGAUGUUCAAUGCCUGAUGCAAUUAUUGCCUGCAUGUUAACUAGUGAAAUAAGACAAUGAAAGUGUACCAGUUGUGAUGACCAAAAGUAUUCGUUUAGAGAGUCACAAUUUGUCUUUGUGUAUCACAAUAAAUCAAAAGCUCAUUUUGUCUACCUGAUCACCCAAAAGACAAGGUGCUACCAAUUUUUAUUUUUUUAAAUAAAAAUUGGUUAUAUUUUA